CAAGCUUAGUUUGAUUCCUUAAUAGUCAGCUUUACCUGUAAUCUAAAUUUUAAUCCGGACUCAUAUAUGCAACAUCGGACUCAUUGAUUGAUCAGCAUUACAAAAGCUGAGAUGGACCUAUGCAUAUACACGAUCUGCCGCUGUGGUCGAGCUUGCUAAGGGAUGACAAAAUAUUACUGCAGAAUAUCUCCAAACGCUAAGAUUCUCGAUGCUUACAUUUCUGUACACCCACACUCGUAUAUAAUUCAUCAGCUCUAUCCUUCAUCAUGUUUCCAUGUCAAACAUAUAACCAGCGAUAAUCGGAUAACAUCUUUCAUAAGUUUGGCAAUACUGAUUAAAGGCCUAGCUUUCAUACUGGCGAAUCUUAACUCGAGUCACUUCCAAAGUCAUUGCAUCACGUCUCCCAUGCAAUGUCAUCGACAAUUUCGAAAAUAUCCAACCCAAUCUUAACAAAAUUCAAGGUUACACCACGCCGUUGGUCCGCACGUGGACAUGCUGAUCACGGUUGGUUGUACACCUUCCACACGUUUUCUUUUGCCUCGUACUACGACCCUAGGUACGAAUCAUUCGGACCUUUGCGCGUCAUCAAUGAAGACCGCGUAGAGAGGGGGACAGGUUUCGGUACGCAUAGCCAUGCCGAGUUUUUGAUUUGGUCGUAUAUUGUAAGCGGAGAGUUGGAGCACAAGGAUUCCAUGGGCAAUGUUGAGAUACUCCGCCGCGGAGAGGUACAGUUCACCAGUGCGGGUACUGGCAUUAGACAUUCCGAGUACAACAGGAACAAAGAAGAAGAUAACCACUUCCUGCAAAUCUGGGCGAAGCCUAACGUUCGUGGCUUGGAACCAUCGUACAUCACGCGCAAGUACACGGACGAAAUAAAGCAAGACAAACUCGUUCGCAUCAUUGAGUCUAAGGAGCGACAUUCUGGAGGCAAUUUGGAGAACGAUCCAAUUCCAGCGCAUGCAGAUUUGAGUAUGUCCGCGUCCAUAUUGAAUCCAGGCAAAAGUGUCUCGCAUGAAGUGGUUACCAGAGGUGAACGGAAGAUCUUCUUGCAUGUUGUUAUGGGCGGGCGGACGCAGCCAGAGUCGGGUGGUGCGAGAAUCCGAGUAGGGGACGUUCAGUUGGGGGAGGGUGAUGGUGCAUUUGUGGAAGAAGUGAGGGGGCCUGGUCAGAUCACUAUCGAAAGUACUGGAGAGAAGCCUGCCGAAUUUCUUCUCUUUGACAUGGGGUUGGAAGAUGCAUAGCGUCUCUGCCGUGAAAUGGGUUUGUUUAAACAAGGGCCGUGUACGUAUCGUUUCUGGCUAGAGGUCGAUGAUGAUGCACAAGAUGCUUCCUUCGCCUGGUAGAUGAUCAUAGGUCGCGAUUUCUUGGUACGAAAGGUUCUGCAAAAUGAAAUUAACUAUUCCAAAA